AAAAGGGAAAUUUUGGACUAAAAACACUUUAAUUACAAUAUUUUGUUUCUUAUGAAUCAUAUUUAUGUCCAUGUUGAGCCUUUAUUUGAUUGUAUGUUUCAGGAAAUUAUUUUCGGUUCGAGGUUUAUUUUGAAGGGCUGUGCCGGAUGUGGUGUGAGUUGAUAAAUCUCUUGACAGUACUGUGGGAAAAGGCGUAGCUAGUAAACAUCACGGAAAACACACAGCGGACACCAGAGCCUGAAAACACCAACUUAUUGACUAUCCUCUUCGGUUCAUAUAACGCCAGUCGGUGUCGUCCGUUUUCCCGUUACCGCCCGGGGUUGUCUCAGUGACUGUCAGCGUCUCAAAAAAAGACUGCCGGGGCGUUAGCCAGCUAGCUAGCUAGCAUAGCCACCUAGCCAUAGCAGCAGAAACAGCAGCAUUAGCACUAGCAUCAGCAUCAGACGACAAAGAUGAUAGCGCUAAUUAACAAAUUGCUGGACUGGUUCAAGGCGCUCUUCUGGAAGGAGGAGAUGGAGCUGACCCUGGUGGGGCUGCAGUACUCCGGGAAAACGACCUUCGUCAAUGUGAUAGCGUCUGGGCAGUUCAGUGAAGACAUGAUUCCUACAGUGGGAUUCAACAUGAGGAAGAUCACUAAGGGCAACGUCACCAUCAAGUUGUGGGAUAUUGGAGGUCAGCCUCGGUUCAGGAGCAUGUGGGAGCGUUACUGUCGAGGAGUCAGCGCUAUCGUGUACAUGGUGGAUGCAGCAGACCCAGAGAAAAUCGAAGCCUCCAAGAACGAACUUCACAACCUGCUGGACAAACCUCAGCUGCAGGGAAUCCCUGUUUUGGUUCUGGGCAAUAAGAGGGACCUUCCAGGAGCUCUGGAUGAGAAGGAGCUCAUAGAGAGGAUGAACCUGUCGGCCAUCCAGGACAGAGAGAUCUGCUGCUACUCCAUCUCCUGCAAGGAGAAAGACAACAUCGACAUCACUCUCCAGUGGUUGAUCCAGCACUCCAGGACUAAGAGGAGUUCCUGAGAACAGACAUGCCCCCAACCGAACAGGCCACGCCCACCCACCCUAACACAUCUUCUCUCUUUGAUCAAUCCCCCACCCCCCACCACCACCAAAAACUUUUCUCCCUAACCCCAAACUAUUCACCCUUUCCUCUCCAUAUACCCCAUCCUUAAAUAACAUUAAUACCUUCCACCCCCCAGCUACCCUCACAUUGAUGGAGGAUGCAUUGAUACCUCUGGGUCUUUGUUUCUUAUUGAAGUAUUGAGUGAAGUAUCAAACUGACACCCAGAAGCAGGUGGGACAUGUCAGAAACCAAAGGCAAAACCUCUUGAUCUUCCGUCUGUGUCCUCAUGUAGACGAACACGUUCAGCCUCCAUCAGUUCAGGUCAGGGUCAAAGAAUUUCCAGUGAUUUUAAAAUGAUUACAGACCAUCUGCUUGCCACUCAAAAUUGUAUGACUGCAUGACUGUUUGUAUGGACUAUAUGUGCUGAAAAGUAUGUGUGAACACAUGCAUGUAUGCAGAUACCCAGUGUAGUGUAAACACAACUGCAACCACUGUCCGUGUCUGCAUCCAUGAUAGGACAAUAUGUGGAUGUUUAGUGAAGUGGCCGAGGGAAAUUUUGUCACAUGCAGCCAAGAGGUUUGAUCGUUGAAGUAUAAUGUUCAGGUGACUAUCUGCACCUGAUGUUCACGUGCACUCAGCUGAGUGGAAACAUAAGUGUGAACAGUAAGCUGCUAUUUUAGCAUGAAAAGUCAGUGGAAGAAACCUCUGCAGCUACAGUACUGUUACAGUAAAAAUAGUAAUAACUAUAGCUAUGUCUGUGACAGUUCCAUGAAGCGUUAAUGAGGUUUCUUUGUUUCCGCACAUACAACAGUCUCCACUGCACCAGCACACAACACCUGAAGGCGUUUUUCCUGGGACGAAUUCACAGCAAGUACCAAGCCCCCCAUUAACUGUAUUUAACCUGAGUUCAUUUCAGUGACUCUGAACUCAUGGCUGACAUAUACUUUUCUGCUGGGGUGUUUCGCAGCUUACACCACAGACAUCUACAGUUAAGAAAUUUAUAUACAAAUCAAUUUAUGUGUUUGUUAACCAAAUUACUAGAAAAAUACUCCCUAAAAAUCUGCGGAUUGUCCGGAGUAACGAGGACGUUGUUUCUUUUUAAAAUGAAAUUCUUCAACACUGAGCAACACAAACUAAAUUCCAAUUAAUUCCAAUUACCUAGUUUGUAUUUAGGUGAGGGCAGAUAUCUCAGAGACAGACCUGGACAAAUAAAACCAAAACCAUCUGCGUGGACAGACAAUACAAGACGGAACUGUUUUUUGUUGUUGUUUUAUUUAAAGUCAGUAUCACUUAAAUACAACCACAUUCACAUCAGAGUUUGAUACUGGCAACAAAAAAGUGGUGUCAGUGCAUCUUACAGAUCCACACAACGGUCUCCAUUAUAAUCUGUAUUUUUAGAUUGGUGCAGAUCUUAUACUAAGCGUCUCUUUGUAUAUUUGUCAUCUUAUCAACCUGUCAGCCAUUUUGACUUUUAACCAUCACCGUAAGUGUCAAAAAGCAGACACAGAUUUCAUUUUUCAUUGUAAUGGUCAUAAAAACGCACACUUAGCCUCAUUAGCCGGUCAGCUGGAGCCUGUUUUGUGGAUCUGUUUUCUCCCUCAGAUUUUCCCAUGAUCCUCCUCUCCCAAAGCCCCACCAUCACCUUUUAGCCAAUAACCACAAAUCUGCCAUGAUCAUCCCCUCUCUCCUCCGCCUCUGUUGAGUUUAAUUCCUCCCUUUAUCCUUCCUUUUUUCCCUCUCUACCUCCACAUCAUCUCUCCAUCCAUUAUUUCACAUUUAUAUAAUCCUGAGAAGCCCCUCUUCCUUCCUCGUCUGUUGUAAACUGCUUGUCCUCCUCUGUACUCUCUCUAUCUCUCCUUCCUUCCUUUUCUUAUUUUUGGAUGUUACCUUCUUUCUCUCUUUCCUCGUCGCCAAGCCCCGCCCCUCGCUGUCUUUCACUCUUUCUCUCUCUCCUGCUGAGCGAGGGAUUAAAAACCUUUUUAUUGCACUGUUGAUUUUGGUUUUGUAAGAUAUUAAUAAUGAGAAUAAUGUUAAUAAUCUUCUUAUUGUGACAUAACCUGGUCUGUCCAGAUUUAAGGAAGUGGUACUUUAACCGGAGGAGGAGAAAUGUUAUUGUUUCUGUUCAUAUCUCUGUAAUAAGCUUUUUAUUUCUUAUUUGUUUUAUAUUAUUAUUUUUUAUUGCUGUCUGUUGACUUCGUAAGUCUUCUCUGGAUGUUCAGCCAGAGUUCAGUAUUUUCUGCUCUGAGGUGUCUGCUGAUUGGACCAGGGUUGUCACGUGAUCAGAUGCAAUGUUCACGUCAUGUCUGACAAAAUGGAGCAAUGUAACUAGUCAUGUUUGAGUCGUAAAAAUCUACAUAUUAAAUUUUUAUUUAAAAAUUUAUUAAUUUAAAUGUUUUCAUCCAUUUAUUUUUCUCUUCCAUGAUUCAUGACUCCAGGUGUUACAACAAAAUACAUUUGUCAUGCCAGAAAUCAUUAAAAAUUCCAACAAUACAUCCUGUUUUUAAUUAACCACAAGAUGGCAACAUAAACGUCAAAGUCUGUGGCUGCCAGUACUGAAUUAAUAUUGAAAUUUAGAAUUAAUUUUAACAUUUUUGUGCUAUACUGAGGAUGAAACUGAAUGCAGAAAAUGAAAUUGGCAGGAAAUGUGCACCUAGUCUUGAAAAUGAAAUGACAAAGUGGAAAUUUUCAUUACAACCUGGAUUUAGCUCAUUUCUAAUAAUAAUUCCUAAUAUUCUUAUUUGUCAGUUUCAAAGAAAAGACCUGGGAGAAUCCUAUAUUCCUAUUUUAAUUAAAGUGAGUCAAAAUCAGGGCAUAAUUAACAUGUAAAACACCACCUUUUAAGUUUAUGUUGCACAAUGUUUGACAAUUUGAAAAUAUUCAUCUUACAUUUAGUUUAAUUAUUUUCUGUGCUAUACUUAGCACACAGAGUAUUAUAUACAUUUUCGUUUUGGACGUAAUUAUGCAUUGAAAACAUGUUAAUUACAUUUAGACAAUUAGAGCAAUUAGAAAUUGUAAAUUUGAUUCUCUUUUAAUAUUGGAUUUCAUGAGAAAUGUCUGUGAAAACCUGAUUAAAAGGUACUUUGAAUAUUUUAUAAGACUCAAAACAUUAGCAUGUAGCUUCAUACAGAGAUCUUUAGCAUUAUGCUUAUAACUUCAUGCUAUUUUCACACUACUUAUAUUUAUUCAUCUGUUUGUUUCAUUUGCAACAUCAUUGGUUCAUCUCACGUUCUGACACAUCCUGGUCCUGACAGCAGCCAAUCAGACUUCAGAACAAACAGGAAAUGGAAAAACAUUACCUGUUUGUUGUUCUAAGGUUGUUUUGAUUAAGAGUGGUCAAACUGUCAGCAGUGUACAUGGGAGAUUAAUUCUGCUAGCACACACUUGCUUUACAGUGUCGGGCCAAACAGAGAUAGUCUGGCAUCAAAUUUGGGGUGAAGAGACACUUCUGUGUUCUUGUGGAACAUCAUCCGUUACGGCCUAAACGCUGUUCUAUUUUGAAGUCCACAUUUUGCCAAGAAUGGUCCAAAUUACCUGAAAUGUUUUUGCUUUUUUAUCUUGGAUGCUCAGGCUGUGCUUAAAGACCAUUUUCACUCUCGUUUAAUCAGCAGUUAGUCAACAAAUUUAAAUUUUCCCCUUUAAAAACAAGUCAAAAUUGUUGUCUUUAGAUUGGCUAAACUAUUAAACAACUAACUGCUUCAGCUCUAACAGACUUGAUCUGCAGCAUCCACCAUUGCUACUGGGUUAAAGUGGAGGACAGAGCUAAAUCCACGCCUUGUCAUAUGACAUUUUUUGUCGCCAAAUGUUUUUUGUUUGAUUAAAUUUGACAUUUGUGUUGAGUUUAUCAAAACAACUCCCAUAUAAGAAUUUGCCCCAAUGUAUUCAGAGAUGCCAGGAACCAGCUAUAUUAAAAUGAACUCACCUGGUCAUCUCAGCAAGAAUGCUGUCCCAGGUACAGACAGAGUGGUCUUGUGCAUUAGGACUCCCAAAUUUAACUUACCCAGUUUCAAGUCUGUAGAAUGCGAAUUCUUCUGCAACCUUCCAACAAUUUUUGGAAUCCUAAUAAUGCGACUUUGAACUCCCAAGAAUGUGACAUCCAACUCGCAGCAAUGGGAUUGAUGAGAAUUCCCAACAACAGCGAGAGGUCGAACUCCCAAGAAUGCAAGAUCAUAUUCCCCAAAAACACAAGUUUGAUCUUGGUGUACCCUUUUUUUGAGAAAGUCCUUUUGUUUUACUUGAUAGAGUGGUUUCCACAACAGAGCAACACACCCAUAAUCAGUUGUUUAGUCCUCUUUAGCCCGACAGUGGAAAGUGCUAAUUUCUUAAUAACUACCCAGGCCUGUCUAUCUGAUGGAGCUGGAGGCCCCACCAGACGACUUUCCAGAUGAAACACCAGACAGCAACAAACAAAACUCGCACCAGACAGUUGUAUCAAGCCACUUCGUUUCAUUAAAUGCUGGCAAGUAAAAACUGAAUCUCUUUCAGCCUCCAGCUGCUCCAGAUGUCAGGUUCUGGUGUUUUUUGAACACAGCAAAGAUUUGUCUGACUCCAUUCUGGGCCACUUGAAAUUUAUUUAUCUGCUGAUCAGCCAGCACAGUGAUUAUUAGUUAUUGUCGCUAACAGACAGAUCAGAUUGCCAAGGGAAUUUCAAAGGUACAUCUUGGCUUUUUUGGGGAGAUUUUGCCUUUGUUUGAUAAUAUCCAGCUGAGUGUUAACAGUAAUACGUGGGCCUUUGAAACAGGGAUGUUGCAAUUCAGUGGUCUAGAGUAGAAAGGUUCAGUAUGCUUCAAAGGAACUAGUUUGAAGCGUACUAAAACCUUGUCUGUAAAUUUCAAACGGCAAAAAAAAGAGAGCGCAAAACUUGAUGAAUCGUACCUAAGGGGAUAAUGGGGCACAAUCACAGUCUCACCUCAAAGACAUCCAUGGUGUCCCCCCAGGUUUCAGGUACUGUUCAGAGAACCAACAAACACUUUGUUUUAAGCAUAACGACCCCUGAAAGACACCAGGUUCACAGUUUUAGUCCUGUUAACACUAGAAACUUCUUUAUUUAAAUACAGAAACAACAAUAAUUGAACUCACACCGGAAAGCAAAAGGACAGAUUGUACCAGAACAGUUGAAAUGCGUCAUCUCUAGCUGGUAAACUCUGAGAUUCACCAGCCACUUUGACUAGUUUACCAGCCUGCUAGGUGUCUGUAAAAGUGGAACGACACCUUCAGAUGACGGCUGCUGGUAUUGUCUGUCUUUGUUUAUCAGGCCAAACGUGUGAACCUUGAAAUCCCCGUGCAGCUCUGCUCUUAUCGGCUCCGGUCUCUUAUGUUUGCAUGCUGAGGGCAGGGAUUGUAUAUCUGUGGGACCUGAUGAAGUGAAUCGUUAUUUUGGUGCAACUUUAUCAUAAAGUAGCCUUAAUCCAGUGCAUCAGCCUGAGUAUUAACUUACAGAGAAGUAAUAGAAGUGCACAACAUGUACUUGAAACAGUGCAAUAAAACAGAAGUAUUGAUAUUAUGCUUAAACUGUGUUUUACAUGUUUCUAAGUGCAUAAUGAAAGUGUGCUUACAGUACUUCUCCCACAGAUGAAUACACUGGAAUACGGUCAUUGUAAUGUAAAGUUUGACCAGUUUUUUUUUUUUAUGGAAAAAAAUCUAGUUACGACCUGUGAUCCUGCAUGUACAAACUGAAGCUCUGCAGGAUGUGAUGCAGAAUGUUUGAUGAUUAUCCUGUGUAGUUAAAUUAUCAUCAAAAAGUCAAGAACUGGAGAUUUAGAACGGAAUCAGCAACAAAUUCCAGGCACAACAUGCAGCAUCACUGUGUGGACUCUGUCAGUAUAUUGGACAGAAUGAGAACCAGUGCAACUGGCGACCUUUGAAAGUCUUUUCAUGACCACAAAACCUCUUGUUAUUCUUUCACUAACUGUUACGACUGACACGAAAAUGAAUGUGUGACAUAUGCAUCAAUAGAUAAUAAUUUUAUUGAAUAUGACUUUUCAGUUGUGUUUUUCAAAAAUAUGUUGACAGUCUCAUACUCAAGGUUUACUUACUUGGGUUGUUUGGGAGCUUUCAAUCAUACCAUACAGUCUUCGCUGACAAAUGGAUUUUGCUCAGUCAUAGCUGUAAAUUAGAGUUAUCAGACCCUAAAACAAACAGUUUCUAUACCUUCAGAGCAGUCUGGCAGUCCGGUGGCCUGAUCUGUUUUCAGCUUUCAAUCAUAAGACAUGAGCUUCCUCGGCAGAUAUAGUUUGCUCAGUUGUCAUGGAAUUGUAGAUGUGCGAAACUCACACACAUUAACAAAGUUAAAGUGUUUAAAUUGACAUUUAUACUUGAAAUUUGUAAUACAUUCAUGUCAAAGAGUCUAAUGAUAAAAAAAAGUGUAUUUGUUUUAAUUUAGGUGGGACCUGCCCUUAAAGAAAUCACAAAAUUAGAAAUAAAUAAAUCUAAUAUUUUUAAUAACAUUUUAAGUUUGUCAUGACACCUGGAAUUAUCUUAAAUUUUAAAAUGUUUAAGCAUGAUCAAAUUCAAAUCAGUUUGAGGUUUGAAAUUUACCAUCUUGGAGAUACUGAUUUACCCAAAAUCAACACAAACCUCUGCUGAGUCCUCUAACCUGGAGUUAAUUUAAAAAGUUUUAUCCAGAGAGACGCACAGUGAGUGAGCUGCUGGCUGUGCAGUGCCUUGCUCAAAGACACCUGAGCAGUUCACAUGUUUGACUGAUUGCUGAAGUUGUUCUGGUUUUGUUCCUGAUCCCUCGGCGUUGGUGCAGACAGGGUGGGGUGGGGGGUUUGUACAUGCAGGAUGAACACGGUGAAGACAGCCUGUCACUUUGAACUCGUUUGUACAUUAUAGUUUGAUUCAGUUGAUAUAAUGUGUUUUAAUAGAAACAUGCUUGUGUAUGAUACUAAUAAAAAUACUAUGGAGAAACAA